AUUCUCGUUGAAGAAUUACACUCUGUUGAGAAAACAAUAAAUAAAAUUUGAAAAAUAAAGAUGAUGAAAUUCACUAACAACAGAAGACAUAAAUAACUUAAGAAGACAGAUGGCUAAUAUAUUUUACUACAACAUUUGUAUAUUUUUUAUGCACCGUUUGAUCCUUCUUUUAACUCAGUAAUAUUUCACUUAAUUUAUUUAGCCAGUACUUAUUCAGUAAUAAUAAUUUCAAGCAAGUUAUAAUGCACAAAUUACUUCCAAACUAAAAUUAAACUUAAUGAUUAAAAUCUCAAAGUUUAUAAUAUCUAAUAACUUAAUGUAGCAAUUAAAAUUUGAAGAUUAAAAUCUCACAUCUAUAUCAAGAAUAAAAGUAUAAUUGAAAUAUUCUUUAAGUGCAAUAAAAUGUCAAAUGAAAAAGAAACAAGUCAAAAUCAUUUUUUAGUUGUCUGGUUCAGUGGGUAUCAUCAUCAUGAAGCACUCACACAGUCAUGAAAAGAACAAGAAGAACGUGAUGAAUAUUAAUGGUGGCAAAAAGUUAGAUAAAUUAUUGCUGAUAAAGUAGUUAUAAACUAUUAUUAUUUUAAGCAAAUUAAGUAUAGUAAUCAUAAUUAAUUACCCAAUUAAUUUUUUAUAAAAUAAGUGUAAUUUCUAUAUUGUCAAACCAAUAAAAAAAUUAUCAUAGAUACGAUUAAUUAAUACAAAAUUAACUAUAUAACAUAUUAAACAAUUAUUUGGCAAAAUAAACUAAUGCAAUUUUAUAAAAAUUUAUUGAAGUGAAAAUUGAGAUGGCUCACUCAUCGAUGAUGUCCAUGAUUCUUGAUGCUGCAUAGGUUUUCGUCUCUUCCAUUCCCAGACUAUGAUUUUAUGUCGUUCUCUCUGCAAUUGUUUUUCGAUGACGUCAGCAGUGUCACUGUUCUCUAAACUAAAACUGGUGAAAACUUGUAGCUUAGUGUGUGUGAAUGAUAGAACUUCAGGGCUAAGAGGUUGUUAAGAAGAUGGUUGGAAACAUUGCAAUCAUUGUUUCAUCAGUGCCAACUUCUUUUUCUUCAUGUCUGAUUAACCUACCAAGAGAUUCUCCAAGCCUCAAGCUUCUUCCAAUCAGACACCAAAUACAAAUCAACAGAACCAGAGCUACAUCUUCUGAUGCAGGUCAUGGUACUGCGGAAGCAAAAGAUCCUGCUGCAGCUUCGUUGAAGAUUCCACACACUGUUUGGAGGAAAACAUUGAAGCCAUUAAGUGAUUUUGGUUUCAGCGAUAGGAGCAUCUGGGAAGGUGGGGUUGGACUGUUUUUAGUGUCUGGUACUGUCCUAUUUGUUCUUAGUUUGGCCUGGUUAAGGGCCUUCCAAAUAAGAUCCAAAUUCAGGAAGUACACAGUUGCGGUUCUGUUUGCUCAAGCUUGUGGCAUAAGCAAAGGAACACCUGUGAGAAUCAGAGGAGCCACUGUUGGUAAUGUCAUUGGUGUCAAUCCUUCUUUGAAGUGUAUUGAAGCAGUUGUUGAGGUUGGUGAUGUCAAAACCAUCAUACCACGGAAUUCACUGAUUGAGGUAAACCAGUCAGGUCUUUUGAUGGAAACAAAAAUUGACAUCACUCCUCGUGAUCCAAUUCCAACACCUUCUGUUGGUCCUCUUGAUGAAGAUUGUACUAAGGAGGGUCUUAUUGUGUGUGAUCGUGAAAAGAUCAAUGGCCAGCAAGGAACAAGUUUGGAUACACUGGUUCGGAUAUGCACCCGCCUUGGGCGUGCAUUAGAGGAAAUUGGUAUCAGCAAUAGCUAUUCAUUGGCAGAACGAGUACUUUCCAUCAUUGAAGAAGCAAAACCUCUUCUCAAACAGAUCAAAGCCAUGGCUGAAGAUGUUCAUCCUUUGUUGGCUGAGGUCCGAGACAGUGGCCUGUUGAAGGAACUUGAGAAUUUAACCCAAAACCUUACCCAAGCUUCUGAGGAUUUGAGAAGGGUACAUUCAUCGAUUAUGACCCCUGAGAACACUACACUCGUUCACAAGUCCAUAAACACACUUAGUUUUACCUUGAAGAACAUCGAGUAUAUUAGCAAGGAUAUUGUGGAUUUUACUGGGGACGAGACUACUAAAAAGAAUUUGAAAUUGCUUAUCAACAACCUCAGCAGGCUAUUAUGAAGUCAAAAAAUGAAGAUAGGAAGCACAAAAUCAUAGGUGUUACCGACCAGUUUAGAACUGAUUUCCACGUGAAUGGUCUUGUUUCUUAUGCAAUAAUUAUCCACUCAUCUGUGAUGCAAGGACGGAUUUUAAUAAUGGUUGAAGCUCUAGGCUUUUAGAAAGAAUGAAGUUACUAAUUAAAGGGUCAUCAUGGCACAUUCAAAGUGGUUCUAGUUGAUGAAGAUUUGAGUUGGACGCAAUUAUCCAAAUAUCUUCUGUUUCUAAAACCAUUGUGAUUUUCGAUAUUAUAAUUUGUCUCUUCCUAGUUAUCUUGAACUUCAUAUACACGUGCAGUUUGUUACCUUUGAACUCGAUGUUCAUGAUUAUUCAAUCAGUAAAAUAUUAAUUUUUAUUGACU